GCGCUGAGCCCUUGUGUGCUAUAUGAGUGUGAGUGCGUGUGGGUUUGUAUGUGUAUGUUACUCUUUCGUCUCUUUCAUGCCUGUUGGUAGCAAGCGCUCUCGCUGCUGCAGCAGUCGCUUGUUUUUCGCUCACUCAACAGCACGGCCAUAGCGCGUUGUUGGCGUACUUAUUAUUUUUUGCAAAGAAGAAGCAGCAGCAGGAGAAGAAACAGUGCAGAAGUUUUGUUGACACCGAAAGAAAAAAAAAUACCCUAAUACAGACUGAGAACAACAAGAGCAAAAGUUAAAAACUAGGCGUGACGACACAAAAGCGUGCAAUCUAAAGACCUUUCUAGUGUAUUAAGACGAAAGUGAAAAUCGAAGUAAGAAGAAGAGCGUGCGGUUAAUAAAACAACAACUGCAAAUGAAUAGUCCUCGCACAAACGGCGCCAUAUCAGCGCUGCCCAGCACAUUGGCGCAGUUGGCGUUGCGCGACAAGCAGCAGGCGGCAUCGGCGUCGGCAUCAAAUGGCAGCGACUCCUCAGCAGCAGCGCAGCGUCCACAGACGCAGCCGCCCAGUGUGCCAGCAGUAACGGCAGCCGUGAAUAAACUGCAGUUGUCAGAUACAUCUGCCAGUGUGACCAGCUCAAAUGGUGACUCGAACAAGUUGACGCACGACUUGCAGGAGAAGGAGGCACAGCAGCAGCAGCUGAAACCACAGAAACCACCACUGCCAGUGCGACAGAAACCAAUGGAGAUUGCCGGCUACGUGGGAUUUGCCAAUCUACCAAAUCAGGUAUACCGCAAGGCGGUUAAGCGUGGCUUUGAGUUCACGUUAAUGGUGGUGGGUGGCAGUGGACUGGGCAAGUCCACGUUGAUCAAUUCCAUGUUCCUGUCGGACAUCUACAAUGCGGAACAGUAUCCGGGUCCGUCUCUACGCAAGAAGAAGACGGUGGCGGUGGAGGCCACCAAGGUGAUGCUCAAGGAGAACGGCGUCAACCUGACGCUCACUGUGGUGGAUACGCCGGGCUUUGGCGAUGCCGUGGAUAACAGCAAUUGCUGGGUGCCAAUACUGGAGUAUGUGGACAGCAAGUACGAGGAGUACUUAACAGCCGAGUCUCGUGUCUAUCGCAAGACAAUCUCCGAUAACCGUGUGCACUGCUGCCUGUAUUUCAUCGCACCUUCGGGUCAUGGUCUGCUGCCCUUGGACAUUGCCUGUAUGCAGAGUCUGUCGGAUAAGGUUAAUCUGGUGCCGGUUAUUGCCAAGGCCGAUACCAUGACGCCGGAUGAGGUGCAUCUGUUCAAGAAGCAGAUACUCAAUGAGAUUGCUCAACACAAGAUUAAGAUCUAUGAUUUUCCCGCCACUCUCGAAGAUGCCGCCGAGGAGUCCAAGGCCACACAAAAUCUACGCAGUCGUGUUCCCUUCGCCGUUGUUGGUGCGAAUACCAUAAUUGAGAUAGACGGCAAGAAGGUGCGAGGACGUCGAUAUCCUUGGGGUCUGGUUGAGGUUGAGAACCUGACACAUUGCGAUUUUAUUGCACUUCGGAAUAUGGUCAUUCGCACACAUCUGCAGGAUCUGAAGGAUGUGACGAACAAUGUGCACUACGAGAACUAUCGAUGUCGCAAACUAUCGGAAUUGGGUCUGGUCGAUGGAAAGGCGCGUCUGUCAAACAAGAAUCCGCUCACCCAGAUGGAGGAGGAGAAGCGGGAGCACGAGCAGAAGAUGAAGAAAAUGGAGGCCGAAAUGGAGCAGGUCUUUGACAUGAAGGUCAAGGAGAAAAUGCAAAAGCUCAAGGACUCCGAACUGGAGAUGGCCCGUCGUCACGAGGAGCGCAAAAAGGCGCUGGAGCUGCAGAUACACGAGCUGGACGAGAAGCGGCGAGAGUUUGAGCGGGAGAAAAAGGAGUGGGAGGAUGUCAAUCACGUAACGCUAGAGGAGCUCAAACGACGUAGUCUGGGUGCAAACAGCAGCACCGACAAUGUUGAUGCUAAGAAGGAGAAGAAGAAGAAGGGUCUGUUCUAAGCAGGGACCGCAAAUAAGAGUUAUGA